AUGACGUCAGUCAUAUUCGGAGCAGCCUGUUCACCGAGCGCGGCGUUGUUCGUAAAAAAUAAGAAUGCUGACGAGUACAGGCAUCAAUAUCCAGAAGCCGCGCGGGCAAUAGAAAGAAACCACUACAUGGACGACUACCUGCAGAGCUUCGAGACGGAAGAAGAGGCUAUAACCAUAGCCAGCGAAGUGGAUGUCGUCCACCGUGGAGCGAAAUUCGAGCUCAGAGGCUGGGCAUCGAAUAGGCGCGGCGUCUUGGCGAGCCUCGCAGGUGGUGCGACCCCAGGAGACAUAGAGCUGGGGUCGAAGGAAGAAAAGACCCUGGGCCUGCGGGGGUUCUACGAGUCGGACGAGAUGGGAUUCCGGAUCCAUCCACGAGACUCAAAGGAUAUAGAAGCACGAACCCCGACCAAACGAGAAGUGACUAGCGCGGUAAUGUCAACCUUCGACCCUAUGGGGCUGGCAUCACCCGUGCUAAUAGAAGGGAAAGCGCUCAUUCAGAGCAUUUGGCGGAGCGGGAUCGACUGGGACGACGUCAUCCUGGAAAAGGACGAGGUGGCGUGGAAACGCUAUAUGGAGAACCUUCGCAUGUUGCAAGGCCUCCGAAUAGCAAGGUGCUUCUCGUACUGUAACACUGAGGGGGAGCUGCACACGUUCACCGACGCCAGCGAGAAGGCCUACGCGUGUGCAGUCUAUUGGCGUCAGAGGACAGACGAGAGCACCUACCGCGUCACGCUUCUAGCAGGGAAAGCCAGGGUGACCCCACUGAGACCAGUCUCCAUCCCAAGGCUGGAGCUGCAAGCUGCGCUGCUGGGGACAAGGAUGGCGCAGGCGAUAGCGGACGAAUUGGACAUCGCAGUCGGUGUAAGGACGUACUGGACUGACUCCAGUACAGUCCUGACAUGGAUAAAGACCGACCCACGCACGUUCAAACCUUUCGUCGCGCACCGACUCGCCGAGAUAGAAGAGUCAACGAAGCCCCAAGAAUGGCGAUGGGUGCCUGGCUCGCAAAACCCAGCAGACGACGCAACUAGAGAGGCGCCGGCGGAUUUCGACCACACGCAUCGGUGGUUUAAUGGACCCGAGUUCCUGACGUGGGAUGAAUCGCGCUGGCCCAAGCCGCGAACAUUCAAGCAAGAACCGUCUGGAGAAGAGAAAGAGGCCUACCUGGUCGCUACGGCGAGGACCGCUGAAGCUCAACCCACGCCCGAUCCGCACAGAUUCUCGAGCUGGGUCAGGUUAUUGAGAGCAACAGCCAGGGUCCUCCAAUUUAUCGAGCUGUGUCGACCCCGGAAGGAGAGCGCCUGCGUGUCCAGACAAUCGAAGCAGCAAGAUCCCACGUGGAGGACGACACGAACGAAGCAACCCCGAUCCACAUGGAAGUUAAGGACCCCGGAAGCACCUACAGAAGCAUGGCUGCCGCUUGAUCCGCCCCACUUGAAGAAGGCGGAGAAGAUCCUACUGAGAAACAGCCAAGGAGAGAGCUUCGGUGAAAAAGAUCCCGAACGUCACCCCAAGUUGCGACGGCUCGACGUCGUGAUGGAAGAUGGCCUGUUGCGCCUGCGCGGACGUAUCGACGCAGCGCAAUACAUAGAUGCAGGCUGCAAGCGACCGAUCGUGCUGGACGGGAAGCACGUGAUAGCGAGAUUAUUGAUCAAACACUAUCACGAGGCGUUCCAGCACGGUAACCACGCAACGGUGAUGAACGAGGUGCGGCAGCGCUACUGGAUCCUAGGUCUAAGAUCGAUCAUUCGAGCGACGGCCGUCCGAUGCCAGUGGUGCAAGGUCUAUCGGAGUACACCACGACUACCGCCCACCGGAGACCUGCCGAUAGAGCGGCUACGACAUGGAGAGCCGCCGUUCGCCUGUGCUGCUGUCGAUUACUUCGGGCCGAUGACGGUGACUGUAGGACGACGUCACGAGAAGAGGUGGGGCGUGCUGUUCACAUGCCUCACCACGAGAGCAGUUCACAUGGAGCUAGCAGCGUCACUGACGGCAGACUCAAUGCUGUUAGCGCUGCGCAGGAUGGCCGCCCGACGAGGAAUGCCCAAAGUCAUUUACAGUGACAAUGGGACUAACUUCGUCGGCGCCAACAAGGAGCUCAAGCAGGCAAUCGAGAAUGCAAGGGAAGCAGACGUCGUGUCACGGGCCGCUCAGAUGAACAUAAAAUGGAAGUUCAUCCCGCCGGGAGCGCCGAACAUGGGAGGCGCGUGGGAACGUUUGGCGGAGCACGUCGUCAACUCGCGACCUCUCGUCGCCAGGGAAGAGAGUUGGGAGUCAGAAGCACUCACGCCGAACCACUUCCUCAUAGGGAGGUCCUGCGGAGCUCCGCGAAUCAGCGACUACACAGACGAAGACCUGACCGGCAAAAGGACAUGGAGAGUGGCGCAGCGUAUGGCAGACCACUUCUGGAGUAGGUGGGUCAAGGAAUACCUGCCUACGCUGCUGCCCAGGAAGAUCGACGGGAGAGCAGCUGGCGAGGACUUGCAGUGUGGGGAUACCGUCCUCAUAGUGGACUCCACGCUGCCACGCAACACAUGGCCGCGCGGGCAAGUUGUCCACACCUAUCCAGGCCCCGACAACCGCGUACGAACCGUCGACGUCAGAACGAGCGGCGGUCUGCUUAAGAGACCUGCCUCCAAGAUGAUCCUGCUGGUGCCUGCAACGAGCGACGAGCCCACGCCCAUAGAGUCGCCACGACAAGGAGUCGGUGCUACUGAGAGGCACACUGAACUUCAAUAUAAAGCUAAAGAGAUUCCGAUUGAUAAGGUCUACGAUCCGUCGGCAUCAGCUCAGAUCCAAACUCAUGGAUACUUUCGGCUCGAAAAUCAAAACCGUUUCAAUUGGCUAGGAGGCUCCGUGGACGAUUACAAUGAUGGGUUUGCGAAUGUUGUCCAUACGAUAGUUUACAAGUGUUUUGGAACCAUUCGUACACCCAACUCUCAAACCCGUGGAUGA